UUCCGGCGCCGACCGGAAAAGGCGCUGGUCGGGCGCACGUGGGUGGUGGCGCGGCGGGUGAUCCCAUGGCGAGUUCCGCUGGCCUGGCGUUGUGUGGGCAGGCGUUGGUGGUGGGGGGGGGCAGCCGAUUCCUGGCCACCUCCACUGAGAGCAGUGAUGACGACAGUGUCUUCAUAUAUGACUGUAGUACUGCAGAGAAGAAAGCAGAGGAAAAUAAUGGGGAGGACAGGCAAUCCUUGGAUAAGGGGAGUGACAUGAUUCUGGCAUCCACCUUCUCCAAGUCUGGCAGCUAUUUUGCGUUAACUGAUGACAGUAAGCGUCUGAUUCUUUUCCGUACAAAACCAUGGCAAUGUCUGAGUGUCAGGACUGUGGUGAGGAGGUGCACAGCCCUGACCUUCACCGCCUCCGAGGAGAAGGUCUUGGUUGCUGACAAAUCUGGAGAUGUCUACUCCUUUCCUGUGCUGGAGCCACACGGAUGCGGCCGACUUGAACUCGGGCACCUGUCUAUGCUGUUAGAUGUGGCCGUGAGUCCUGAUGACCGCUUUAUCCUCACCGCUGACCGGGACGAGAAGAUCCGAGUGAGCUGGGCCAUGGCCCCACACAACAUCGAGUCCUUCUGCCUCGGGCACACAGAGUUCGUGAGCCGCAUCUUCGUGGUGCCUAGCCAUCCUGAUCUGCUGCUGUCCUCUUCCGGGGACUGCACGCUGAGGCUCUGGGAGUACAGAAGCGGCCGUCAGCUGCACUGCUGUCACCUGGCCAGCCUGCCUGAACCUGCGGAGCCUCGAGGCCACAAGAGGUUCGCCGCAUCCAGGAUCGCAUUCUGGUGCCGGGAGGACUGCGUGGCGCUCCUGUGUGACUGCAUCCCAGUGGUCUUCAUCUUCCAGCUUGACGUCCCCCAACAGCAGUUGGUGUACAGGCAGCAGCUAUCUUUCCAGCACCGAGUCUGGGACGUGGCUUUCGAGGAGUCCCAGGGACUGUGGGUCCUGCAGGACUGCCAGGAAACCCCCCUUGUGCUUUGCAGGCCAGAGGGCGGCCAGUGGCAGUCGGUUCCUGAAAAUGCCGUGUUGAAGCAGGUCUCCAGUCGUCUUCGUGGGGACUGGGCCAUGUUGGAAGGCUCUGCCGGUGUGGAUGACAGCUUUGGCAGUCUGUACAAGGCCACCUUUGACAACAUGACCUCUUAUCUGAAGAAGAAGGAGGAGAGGUUACGGCAGCAACGGGAGAAACGGAGGCGGCGGAAGAGCCCCUCGCCCGGUGGGCAGGCCAAAAGGACGAGGCCAGAGGAGGCAUCCUGGAGCAGCUGACCAGCUGUGGGACUGGGUCCCAUGACUUCCAACUGCAUAUGCAGUCCUCCCUCCUGCCCUGUCUGCCCUGGCGUCUCCCUUUCAGAUGAUAAAGGAACUGACCUGCUACCUUUAGGGUCUCCUGGUUCUGGAAGGAUCUGUAUAGUUGAGCACUGGCUCCUUGGCCUGCUGUCUGCCCCCUUCUGGUUGAAGGGAAGCUGUGCAGGUCAGUGGCUGCUUAAAAGCCACCAUGGGACAUGGUGCAGUGAAGUGCCUUCGGUGCUUUCUCUUCAUAUUGGAGGAAGUGUUGGCCUGCAACGGGACAGCUGUCACCUUUUCUGCUGUGCCCAAAAUGUCUUCGCUGCUGGGACAUCCUCCUCCAGGUACAUCCAGGGUACACGGUGCAUGCCCUCACAUGGCUGCUGUCAUCUCGCCUUCCAGGUGGUGCCCUGUGCACCCCACAUGCUGCCAGUCGCCACACGGGGCUGGUAAAUCACAAAGUACUCGUUUCCUCCCUUGCUCGGUGCAUUUCACGUGUGCACGGCUGCACAGAGUGUCUUGUGGCCCCCAUGUGGGGAGCACAGGAGCGGCACGUUUUCAUCAUUGCAAGGCAGCACUGUCCUCAUUCAGGAUGUAUGAGGCCAUGGCCCUGGGAAGAGCCCUGAUUUUACGGGGAGAUGAUAAAUGAUGUUAUGUGUAUUUAUUGCUUUGAUUUGAAUUUUGUGCAUAUGCUGCAAAGCAGCAGGGAUGUCCCUGAAUCCUAAUCAUCGAUCAAUAAAGAUAAGCUUUUCACAGC